CCAUCGCACAUCUUUAGUCACAAAAUUGCCUCUCGCAAUUUUUUACAUCUUAUCAAAAUCAACAAAAAUUAAUACUAAACAUCAGAAAUUAACGAUAAAAUUGAAAUAAUUAACAUAAAUUAAAAAUAAUCAAAGAUAAAGUAGAGAAAAUUUUCAAAGUAAAAUUGCUAACACAUUGUUAAAUUAACGCUUAAAAUUGAGAAAAAAAAGUAAAUUAAGCCUAAAAAUUGCUAAACUUAUUGUAAACUAAGCUGAAAUACAGCUUUAAAAUUCUUAAACUAAUCAUAAAAUUGAAUUAAAAUUAACAUAAAAUUGAACAAAUUCAAGGUAAAAUACGGCUAAAAAUCCAAAAUUUUCGCUUACAAAGGAUAAAAUAAUCUGAAAUAAUUGUAAAAAAGUGUGGUGAUGAGUGAUUUGGGAGUGUUGAAGCGUUCUGGGAUUGGGCGUUUUAGGUCCAAUUCACCGGGAAAUCAUAAAACUCUCAACAAAACUUUCUACUACAAACCCAAACUCAACUUCAAUAACCGAAACAACCAAACUGUCUACAACACAAGUAACGAAUCUGACACCACCAAACACCUCAAAAACACCUGGGACAAUACCACAAAUACACAGGAGGAUGAGCUGAAUAAUGAGACGAUCCAUGCUGUUGGGACUGUGGGAUUGGUACUGGACAGAACAUUGGUGGAGGUGGAAAACGAACACGUAUGUUUGUCUGGAAGAAGAUUAGAAGAGUUUAGAACACGUCACUGUCCGUUUUACCUCAGGCAGAUGUGUGUCAAUUCCAGUCGGUGUGACAUGAGUCAUUCGGAGACAUGGCCACGCAGGAAUCCAGCACAUUUCCGUUACGACUAUAAAUUGUGUCCAAAUAUUCAAUUCUUCCGGCACGGCAACAAGAUGCAACUGCAAGGGAAGUGCAGUUACGGCAGGAGAUGCAAAUUCAGUCACUCAAAAGAGGAACAACUUUAUCAUCCCGAUUUAUACAAGACAAGGUACUGCGUUAACUAUCCCAAUUGCAAGGGUUACUACUGUCCAUUUGCACAUUCCAAAGAGGAAUUAAGAACUAUUAAUCACUACUCACAUGGGAAUACACAGUUCAGUCAGAGCCAAGUAGGUGGCCAGUUUACCAAUGAGAAAUACGGCACCGAAUAUGGUACGGAAUUUGGUACUGAAUAUGGUACUGAAUAUGGUAAGGAGUUUGGUACUGUGAGUACACUGAAUUAUACUCUGGAAAAGGUUGAUCAAGAUGAGGAAGUAAUUAAGGAAUUGGCGAUAGUGGAUGAAUCAGUGGAAAAGGAAACUGAUACCAAUAGCACUUGUAGUAACACUGCGGAAGAGUCAACCAACUUCUCUCCCGAAUCACCCAAAUCAUUAUCCGAUUCGACCAAAUCAUUACUGGAAUCACCAAAAUCAGGGGUGGAAUCACCGGAUUGUUCGCGGGACCAGGGUAGUUUAUCCCCGGAUUUACGAGAUUUCACGAGUGAUUUAACGCAUUUAUCACAGGAGCUGAGAGAGUUAUCAGGAAACAUUCAAUUGUCCGAGUUAAAGGAGGAGGAGGAGGAUUACAACUGGUUUGAAGACGUGAUUAAAAGCGGUUUAAGUCUGCUGGACCAGGAGGAAAAAGGUGAAAAGAGGUGUCAAAUAUGCUCAGGAUGCCUUGAUAGGCAAAAUGGCACUGAAGUACCGCUGGAAUCUGACCACUUCUCCAAACAAUACCAAGACCUCUUCAAACUCUGGGAUAAAGAUUUUUAA